CCACGUGACAUUUACAAGCGCGGGAGAUUUUCAUGCCUUGUGUCUUGUCCUGUGACGCGGUAUGCCAGUAUCAGCUAGGCGACACAUCACAUGCAGCUUGCCAGCACCGAAGCAAAGAUGAGCCAUGAAAUGAAGAACGAGACAUCUAAACUGAAUGGGACCCCGGCCUCUGAUCCUGCUCAGACGAAAAAGCGUGAGGACUACCUGGAGUGGCCUGAAUAUUUCAUGGCUGUAGCUUUCCUUUCAGCUCAGAGAAGCAAGGAUCCCAGCUCACAGGUUGGAGCAUGUAUUGUUAACCAGGAGAAUAAGAUAGUGGGCAUCGGCUACAACGGCAUGCCCAACGGCUGUGAUGAUGACCUGCUGCCCUGGUCCCGCUCUGCUGACGACAGACUGGAUACCAAGUAUCCUUAUGUGUGCCAUGCGGAGCUGAAUGCGAUCAUGAAUAAGAACUCAGCGGACGUGAAGGGCUGUUCCAUGUACGUGGCUCUGUUCCCCUGCAACGAGUGUGCCAAGCUCAUCAUCCAAGCAGGUAUAAAGGAUGUGAUUUAUUUGUCAGACAAGUACCACGACAUCCCUGAAAUGACUGCCUCCAGACGGCUGCUUAACUUGGCAGGGAUCCAAUACAAGCAGUUCAAGCCCAAGCGAAGCAAGUUUGUCAUCGAUUUUAAUUCUAUUAACUCCGGGAUGUUCAACGGAACAGGCUGAAUACUCACCUUGAGAAAGAGGAGAGGGAAAGAGUGGGUGCUUUGAUGUCUACUCCUCCCCUCAACCUACCACACCUAGAGGAACUCAAGUAUGUCUACUGUAAAUGUUAAAUCAUAUAGAAACAUUCAUUGGAAAGGUUUUUCUUUUUGUUUUUUACAGUGCAAAAAGUGAUUUGAGUUGUGAAAUUGUGAAAAUUUACAUUGGGUCUCAUGGAGUUACUUUUACUGUGGUCUCGUUAAACAUUUAUUUAAAAAAAAAUCACAAUCAGGAUACUCUUCCACAGUUUUACGGUUUUAGGCCAACUACUGAUUUUGUAGUUAAGUGUUAGACUAAAUGUAUUAGUACCAUAUUAGGUCAAAUGUUGGGGUACUGAAACACUAAACCAUAUCAUAUUGUGUGCUGCACAUGCAAUGUCAACCAAAUAAAACUGAGGAAUGUUUUAAAAUCA